AUGGCUAAACACCAAAGUUUCUUCAUCUUGUUCAUCACAUUUUAUAUUAUACUUUUAGUUGAAGCAUAUGAAUCUAAAGAAGGAAAUUUGCAAGCCCAUGGAUGGAAACUUGCACGCGCUACAUUUUAUGGUGACAUGAGUGGUGGUGAAACCAUGCAAGGAGCUUGUGGUUACGGAGACUUAUUCAAGCAAGGGUAUGGCCUGGAAACAGCGGCACUCAGCACGGCGCUGUUUAACAAUGGAGCUACCUGUGGAGCUUGCUUUCAAAUAAUGUGUGUGAAUGAUCGUAAAGAAUGCCAUCCAGGCCGAAUCAUAACUAUAACAGCCACCAAUUUCUGCCCUCCAAAUUACACAAAAACUCAAGACAUUUGGUGCAAUCCUCCACAACAUCACUUUGAUCUGUCAUUGCCUGCGUUCUUACAAAUUGCAGAGUACAAAGCAGGGGUUGUACCAGUCGUUUACAGAAGGGUCCCUUGCCAGAAAAAAGGAGGUUUAAAGUUCGAGAUCAAAGGGAAUCCUAACUGGAUUGUUGUUCUUGUUUUCAAUGUGGGUGGUGUUGGAGAUGUUGUUAAUGUCAAAAUCAAAGGAUCUAAGACGGGAUGGGUGCCGAUGAGGCGGAAUUGGGGACAAAGAUGGGAUAUUUCUGAGCCUUUGUUAGGACAAAGCUUGUCUUUCCAAGUACAAACUAGUGAUGGCAAAUGGGUUCAAUCUGAUAAUGUUGCUCCUAGUGAUUGGCAAUUUGGACAGAUAUUCGAUGCAAACCAUAAUUUUCGGUGAUUUUGGAAAAUUUUUUAUUUAAAGAAAUGUUUUGUUUUCGAAUAAA